AUGAUAUCCCUCCUAAUCAUUUAUCUUAUUAGUCCAUUAGCCUACAUCGUACCAGUACUACUAGCAGUCGCCUUUCUGACAUUAGUCGAACGAAAAGUAUUAGGAUAUAUGCAACUACGUAAAGGUCCAAAUAUCGUCGGCCCAUACGGGCUUUUACAACCAAUUGCAGACGGCGUUAAACUAUUUAUUAAAGAACCAGUACGCCCAUCAACAUCCUCUCCAUUCCUAUUUCUCGCCACCCCUGUCCUAGCCUUAACACUAGCCCUCCUACUAUGAGCACCAAUACCAUUUCCACACCCCUUAAUUGACCUUAACCUGGGUAUACUAUUUAUUUUAUCCAUCUCAAGCCUAGCUGUCUACUCCAUCCUGGGCUCAGGAUGAGCUUCCAAUUCCAAAUAUGCCUUAAUUGGAGCCCUACGAGCAGUCGCUCAAACCGUUUCAUACGAAGUCAGUUUAGGACUAAUUCUACUUUCCGUUAUCGUUUUCACCGGAGGCUUCACCCUCCAAAUAUUUAACACAACCCAAGAAACAAUAUGACUACUCAUCCCAGCCUGACCACUAGCCACUAUAUGAUAUAUUUCUACCCUAGCAGAAACAAAUCGGGCCCCAUUCGACUUAACAGAAGGAGAAUCAGAAUUAGUUUCAGGAUUUAAUGUAGAAUACGCCGGAGGACCCUUCGCCCUGUUCUUCCUGGCCGAAUACGCCAACAUCCUAUUAAUAAAUACACUAUCCACCAUUUUAUUUCUCGGCGCAGCCCACAAUAUAUUCCCCGAACUAAUCUCAAUUAAUAUUAUAACAAAAGCCGCACUACUGUCUAUAUUAUUUUUAUGAGUACGUGCAUCAUACCCACGAUUCCGAUAUGAUCAACUAAUACACCUUGUAUGAAAAAACUUCCUACCACUAACCUUAGCCCUUAUCCUAUGACACGUCGCACUACCAAUCGCAUUUGCAGGGCUUCCCCCGCAACUAUAA